AAAGAGAAAAAUUAUUUCAUACUUGUUAUUUUUUAUUAUUAUAUAUUUUUUUUGAUAAUUUUCUUAUUGUAUUCAUUGACUCUAGCAACAUGAGCACUACUAUAUCUCCACAGUUGAGCAAGCUGAUAAAGAAAAGAGCUACUAUCAAAUCUUCAAUUGAAUCUAUCCGCACUUAUGUCAACAAAUUCAAUAAAUCUACACAAUCUUCUCGCCAGCUUCAAAUCAGACUUAAGUCAUUAACUCAAUAUAUUUCUGAAUUUAAUGAUGUCCAGCAAUGCAUCUGUAACCUGGACCAAGGGGAAGAAGAAGAACCAGAGCGGUUGGAAUUUGAAGACAUGAAUAUGACCUUAAUGGCUAACAUUGAGGACAUUAUCGCCGAAUGUAACACGGCAACUGUCCAAAAUAUAUCACACUCCUCGUGCACAUCUGGGGGAGAAACAGUAAGGUUGCCAAUGAUACAGCCUCCCACAUUUAAUGGAAGCUUGGAAGACUGGUCAUCAUUCAUUGACACGUUCAACGCCUUAUUCCACAACAAUGCACAAUUAAACGAUGUUCAACGACUGCAUUACUUGAAGUCUAGUGUAACGGGUUCGGCAGCUGAUAUUAUUAAAAAUUUCUCUAUAACAUCGGAAAAUUACAACGUUGCAUACAACGAGUUAAUACGUCAGUAUGAGAACAAAGGUCUUACCAUCCAGAGCCAUAUUCGAGCACUUCUCCAUUCUCCUAAAGUAAAUACACCAUCAGCUGUUGAGCUUCGCAAAUUACAUCACCAUGUGGCAUCACAUGUCCGUGCUCUCAAGGCUCUGGGACAGCCAGUGCAGCAUUGGGACGCAUGGCUUGUGACACUAAUAUGUGGCCAGCUUGACUCUAUCACUGCCAGUGAGUGGCAACUGCGGCAAGAUAAGGAGUUACCCUCUUACCAAGAGCUUGAGUCAUUCUUGGCAAAACGAGUAACUGCCUAUGAAGUUGGUCUCAUAUCAAAUCCGUCAGUUGAAAAAUCAUCAAGAGCAAAAAAUGGCAAUUAUAAUAACAAAAUAUUUUUUACUCGCUCUACAGAAGGAAAAGUACUUAAGUGUCCUAUCUGUACACAACCUCACAAAAUCUAUUCUUGUUAUAACUUCUCAAAAAUGUCAAUUGCUGAAAGAAAAAACGCCGUUGCGGUUGCAAAAUUAUGCUAUAAUUGCUUAAACUACGGACAUCAGAUUAAAGAUUGUCGUUUAUCAUCAUGUCCGAAAUGUAAUAAACGACACAAUCUAAAAUUGCACGAGGAUACCCCACCUAACAAUGUACUGACUGAACCAAACUGCACUGAAGCAACCGCGCUUGGAAGUACACCCAGUUCGGUACUAUUAUCAGGUGCUACUAAUAUUCAAAAUUCUGAUGUCAAAUUCAAUGUCAUGUUGUCAACAUCUAUAAUUAAGGUCCAAGAUCCAGCUGGAAAUUGGCAUAAUUGUAGAGCCAUUCUAGACUCGGGAUCUCAACUUAACUUUAUCACUAAUGAUUGUGCAAGGAGAUUAAAAUUACCAUCAUAUAACAACACACAACAAUUCAUUACUGGUAUCGGCUCCAUAAGUUCAUCAGCAUCAAGGUCAUUCUCAGCAUCUAUUUCUUCUCGGUUUGGUGAACAUGAAUUAAAUGCUGUCUUACAUUCAUUAUGUACAAUAGUAAAUGUAUUACCUUCUCAUAGGAUUGAGCGUAGCGGCAUUAUGUUACCAAGACACAUUAUAGAUAAGCUUGCAGAUCCAAAUUUCCAUGAACCAGGCAGCAUUGAUAUAUUACUUGGCUCAGAAAUAUUUUUCGAUAUUUUGGGUACUAAAAAAUGGCCACUUACAGAAUCUGCUUCGUUACGCAGUACCGAUUUUGGCUGGAUAGUCGUAGGAAAAAUGCCUAUCACGUGCAGUCAAGUCAAGCAUACAUCAAACGCUGUGUCUUCGAAUUCAUCACUGUCCUUGUUUACCUCAGUGGCUGCACUAAAAACAGCUAAUGAACAAAAAGCAGAAGCGCAUUUUUUGUCAACGAUAUCACGAGACAAAAACGGCAGAUUUGUUGUGAAACUACCGUUUGCCCAAGAUCCACAAGCACUAGGUGACUCGCGAACUAUGGCUAAAAAGCGAUUCACAAAUCUAGAAAGACGUUUUGCCAAGGAACCAAGUCUCGCAAAAGAAUAUAAGGCAUUCAUGACCGAGUACCUCGAGAUGGAUCAUAUGCAAGUUGCCACCAACAUUGCCAGUCCAUGUUAUUAUUUACCUCAUCACGCUGUGUUGAAGGCUAAUAGCCUGACCACCAAACUUCGAGUGGUAUUUGAUGGAUCAGCUGCAUCAAACUCAGGAUUUUCACUAAACGACAUUUUGUUAAAAGGACCAAAAACCCAACCGGACAUUAUUAACAUAUUAUUACGAUUCCGUGUACACAAUAUUGCAAUCACAGCAGAUGUGGAAAAAAUGUACAGGCAGGUGCGAGUUGCAGAUGAGGAUUGCGACUUCCAGCGUAUAUAUUAUCGUGCUAACCCACAUGAUCAGUUGACAGAAUAUAAGCUGAAGACAGUUACAUACGGUACAAAAGCCGCAUCAUUUUUAGCAACUCGGUGUCUCGCUAAAAUCGCUGAUGAAGUGAGUGAUGCAUCAAUUAAGAGAAUUAUUUCUCAAGACUUUUAUGUGGACGACCUGAUAAGUGGUGGAGAGUCAAUAGAAGCAGUGCAUAACAUCUACCACCAGUUGCAUUCUACUUUAAUACAAUAUGGAUUUCCACUCCGAAAGUGGUGCUCAAGCUCACGCCAACUUAUUGAUCUCAUACCACUACAACAAAGCGAAAGCAAUUUUCUCAUAAACAUGAGUGAGGAUGACACAAUAGGGACAUUGGGUCUUCUGUGGCAACCAGCCUCAGACAACUUUCUAUUCUUGGUUAAACAAUGGUGUCCACUAGCCAGAAUGACAAAACGAUCUCUCUUAUCUGACAUCAGCAAGGUGUUUGAUCCAAUUGGCCUGGUAUCUCCCGUGUUAAUAAGGGGAAAAAUUUUCUUGCAGCAAUUGUGGUCAUUGAAAAUUAGCUGGGAUGAGGUGCUCUCUGAAGAUUUACAAAAUCGCUGGACAAAAUUUUAUACUAGUUUGCAGUGCUUAAAUCAGGUGAUCGUUCCUAGGAAGGUCAUGAUGUCUCCUUCGUCAAACAUCCAGCUUCAUGCCUUUAGUGAUGCUUCCCAAGAAGCAUUCGGAGCUUGUGUUUAUAUGCGUUCAAUGCAAUCUGAUGGCAGUAUUGAUGUUCGAUUAUACACCUCAAAGUCCAGAGUAACCCCUAUGAAACCAUCAACUAUUCCCAGGUUGGAAUUAUGCGGAGCAUUAUUAGCAGCAGAACUUGCCAAUGACACAUUAGCUGAACUCAAAGCGUUAAAUGUCAUUGUGCCAUCUAUCAAUGUAUAUUUAUGGUCGGAUUCUUCUAUAGUAAUUGCUUGGAUACAGAGCCAGGCUCUAUUUUCGGCUUAUAUAUCAAACAGGCUUGCUCGAAUCCUUGACGUCUCUUCACCUGACCAAUGGCAUCACGUGCCUACGAAAGAAAACCCAGCAGACUUAAUUUCUCGGGGAAUCGAUGCUGCAUCCAUUUCACAGUCAAAGUUGUGGUGGCAUGGACCCCAUUGGUUGA